AAUUUCGAACAGGUCCUUGAUGAGCUUGUUGAACAUUCUGAAUUAAAUUAUGAACUCCAGAGCUUGGAUGAUUUCAUUAAUAAGAUGUCGGGAGAACAGGAGGCAGCACCAUCCACCAGCCAUCAACCUGUCAGGUGGUUGAAGAGAGACAGUGAUGGAAAUGUUGUCUAUGACAGACCAAGGUCAUCCCGAAACCAAAUGGCUAGUCACAGCUACAGUCGUAAGGCUGGUGCUCAUCCUAGAAUGUUGGACAGCAGCGUUGAGCUAACCAACUACUGUCCUCCUGACACUGUUGAGACUUUCCUUGAAGAGCUAAACCACUCACAGGGUGAUGACUUGGAUGAUCAGGAAACGGCACCAGCACCACCACGGGCCUCUUCAGACUGGUCUACUCGAAAAAGUCUCCUCUCAGAGAGGUGGGAGAAAGAAAGAGCCUGUCUGGUGAAUACCAUGGUAGCACAACAAAAUGUGACAACUCAGAUCUGCCAACAAUGUGGCAUCAGUCCAGCUGCUGUCCGUUGUCGUGACUGCAGACCACAACCAUUUUUCUGUGCUGAUUGUGAUGUCAGUAUACACCGAAACCACGUAUUCCACAACAGGGAUGCAACAAUAGCUGGAUUCUUUCAGCCAUUGCCUCCAACAACCUGUGUCGUGGAGAGGGCUCUUUCCCAGUGUGUGUGUAUUGUGCCGUUGGAGAUGCCCAAAAAAAUAUGUAGUUGUUCUCCAGGAUCGUUGAGUGUCAACACAGGAAAAGUUGUUGCUGUGGUUACAAUGAAUGGACGAUAUGAUCUCAGUAUGCCUGAGAUGAAAUGCGAGGCAUGCAAAACCACAUGGAGCCCGGGAGUGGAUGACUUAGUCCGUAAUGACUACUGGCCUGCUACCCUUCACUUUUCCACAGUGUACUCUACAGAUGUGUUUUAUUCAUAUGAAGAGUUGAAGAUGGCAGCACCAGGACUGUCAUGCCAAGCAUUUUUAAGAAUGCUUGAUCAACGAACUCUCCGCUUUGGCCGUAUUGGGAAGAUCACAGCAGACAGCUUCAGAAAAAGUUUUUUGGAGUGGGAGGCUGUUAGAUUUGAGGUGGAUAAGAUCUGCAGGGAGGAGCAUUUUGUCUGCCCUGCAUGCACCCCAGACAUGCUUGCUGUUUCUGUGGAUGGAAAUCGCAAGCACUACCGCUUUAAGAAUGCAGCAAGAUCUGAAGAAAAAGCCUUAUUUGAUGGCAUCUUCAUUGCAAAAGAUGAUGAAGUAGAGAGAUUUGUGGAUUACAUUCAUUCUACCACCAACCAUGUCUCUGGAAGAGGUGUCUGUGGAGGGGAGUGGUCAGCUGCAAGGGAAACGUCUCAGAAAUCCUCAAGUAAAAUUGAUGAGGAGGGACUUGAGCUUGCAGUCUGUCGACAUGGAGUUUUUCUCACCGCUCUCAACAUGUUCAGGGGAGAAAUAUAUGCUUAUCCCCUCUACCUGCAGAACAAGCUGGCAAAUACGCCAAUAAGCUUUUUUGCCAUGGAUGUAACCUGCAAGUACUGGCCUUACCUCAACAAAGUCACAAAAAGCUGCCCGGAGCUCCAGCACCUUCUGAGCAUGAAACCAUUCCUCUCAGUGUUUCAUGCCAAAGCCCAUGAUUUUAAAUGCGAGGUUAAAUGGAGUGGAGCUUACCAGCAAGGGGCCGGAUUGACACUUGGCGAGGAGGUUGAGCAGUGUAACGCCUUCCUCUCUAGGAUUGCUGUGACCACGAAGCACAUGUCCAAAGCAGGACGUACUGACAUGCUUACAUUGAUGGCCAUGCGCUGGAAUCAGCAAAAGUUUAAUAACUUGGCUACUUCACUUGCCUGCCGAUAUCAGAAGGCCACAAAACGUCUGGAAAGCCAACUUCAGGACCUGGAAAGCAUGAGAAUCCAGCUGGCAGUGACACAGGUUGAAGUUGAGGGCUGGGUCACUGAUAUUAAGGAGUGGGCAGAUGCAACAACAUCCCAAAAGAAUGCCGAUCUUGACGCAGUGAUCAAUAGAAUAGAGGUGCUGGUGGCCAGCAUUAAAAGAAGGUCCCAGCGCCUUUACAAAGACACCGAUGGCAGCAAAGGUCGGGCCCGGAUCCGGCGCAAAAUCAGAGAGGAGAAGGCCAUUCUUAGCUCUGUUGUUGAAAAAUACAACAGUAUGGUUCCAGAUACAGAAAGAAUCGCCUUUGACAUCAUUCUCUCUGACGAGACAGUUUGGCCAUGGCAACUUUCACAUGGUGACGCUGUAGAUUUGAAAACCAAGAGGAAGGCGUUUGAUAUUGUGAUGGCUAUAAGGAGACUUGAGGAGGAGAAGAAGAUUGUUCUUUCUGAGAUGGCAAAGCAUUGGAAAUCUCUCUCCACUCGUGCAGACACACUCAAGGAGAUGUCAUGCCAGCUUUCCAGUGAGGCAUUGAAAAGUGAGCUGUGGGAUCUAAAUGAAGAAGGGAUCAAGGGUUUCCUCAGCUUAACUUUGAGAAAGAUGCAAGAAGUCACCAGAAUGAUGAAGCAUGCAAGAGACUGUUAUGCUAAAGUUUUGACUGGAACAAGUAUGGACUUCCAGAAUGAUUGGGAUGGAUACGACAGUGAUUCUGAAUUGUCAGAUGAGUUUGAUGAGCUCUCAAGUGAGAAAUGAGCAUUAAGUCAAUUUUGUUGCAGAGUUUCCUUUUUAUUUUUUAUUUUGUUUAUUUUUUCUCCCACUCUAACAAUGCAGCCCUAUUUCUGAUAC